CGGCGGGCUGGCUGGCUGGCUGGCUGGUAUCUGGUGGUGCGGUGUGUGCGGUCGGACUGUGGUUGUGUUUCAGCUCUGACCGUGUUGAUAACGACACACUUCGGGCGCUUUUUCCUCGCGUAGACAUGGGAAUUCAGAAGACAUGGCUCUAAGACAAACAGCCCUAACGCUGCUGGCCCUGCUCGGGCUGGCGGCCGUCGGUGACGCUUUACACUGCAACUGCACGAACUGUAACGGGGUUAACUCGGGUGAGUGCGAGACAAAAGGAGCCUGCCUCGUUUCAACGUACAAGUUGGAAGGGAAAGAUGUGCUCAUGCGGAGCUGCCUCGACCCUGAUAGGAUGAUUCCACCCAUCUUCUGCAAGAGCGCCGAAGGGCACUUGAACGCUCACUGCUGCUUUGAAGAUUACUGCAACAAUAUUGUCUUGAAAGUCCCAGACCCGACGACCGGGGAGUGGGUGACCUCGGGGACCUCCUGGGGGCCAGUGGAGCUGGUUGCGGUCAUAGCGGGGCCUGUGUUCCUGCUCUGUGUGCUGCUGAUGGUUGGAGUGUUCCUCUUCCAGUAUCACCAGAGAGCCUACAGCCACAGACAGCGGCUGGAAGUGGAGGACCCCUCCUGCGACCACCUGUACCUGGCCAAGGACAAAACCCUGCAGGAUCUCAUCUAUGACAUGUCCACCUCAGGAUCUGGCUCUGGGCUGCCGCUGUUUGUGCAGCGGACGGUUGCCAGGACGAUCGUGCUGCAGGAGAUAAUAGGGAAGGGGCGUUUCGGAGAGGUGUGGCGAGGAAAGUGGAGAGGCGGAGACGUCGCCGUCAAGAUCUUCUCAUCCAGAGAGGAGCGCUCCUGGUUCAGAGAGGCCGAGAUCUACCAGACAAUCAUGCUUCGGCACGAAAACAUCCUGGGAUUCAUCGCAGCAGACAAUAAAGACAACGGCACAUGGACGCAGCUGUGGCUGGUGUCGGACUAUCACGAGCACGGCUCUCUGUUUGACUACUUGAACCGCUACUCCGUCACCAUCGAGGGCAUGAUCAAGCUGGCACUCUCGGCUGCAAGCGGCCUGGCUCACCUCCACAUGGAGAUCCUCGGCACUCAGGGUAAGCCCGGCAUUGCUCAUCGGGACCUCAAGUCUAAAAAUAUCCUGGUUAAGAAGAACGGCACUUGUGCUAUAGCUGACCUGGGCCUGGCCGUCCGCCACGAGUCCAUCACAGACACAAUUGAUAUAGCACCGAACCAGCGCGUGGGCACUAAGAGGUAUAUGGCUCCAGAAGUCUUAGAUGAAACCAUCAACAUGAAACAUUUUGAUUCCUUUAAGUGCGCCGACAUUUAUGCGUUGGGCCUGGUGUACUGGGAGAUCGCGCGCCGCUGCAACACCGGAGGCAUACAUGAGGAGUACCAGCUGCCCUACUACGACCUCGUGCCCUCUGACCCGUCCAUAGAGGAGAUGAGGAAGGUGGUUUGUGACCAGAAACUGAGGCCCAACGUUCCCAACUGGUGGCAGAGCUACGAGUCGCUGCGUGUGAUGGGGAAGAUCAUGCGGGAGUGCUGGUACGCCAACGGCGCGGCGCGACUGACGGCACUGCGCAUCAAGAAGACUCUGUCUCAGCUCAGCGUGGAGGAGGACGUCAAGAUGUGAGCGGCCAGCGAGGCGCGCUAGAGACGCACAACCCGACCACACUCCCAUAGGAAACAAACACUAAAGACAGACUGCAAAUGGAGAAAAACAAAAAACAAAAAACAAACAAAAAAAAAAAACUACCAACAACCCUGCCAGUUUUAAAGCCACACUCCAAGUUGUGACAAGGCCUACCUCACCUUUUUAGCCAAAACUACUGAAAGUCACCCAUCCCUCUCCUUCCUCCUCCUCGUCCUCCGAACCCACGGGCCACACUACAACACUACCACUGUUAAUAGCAUACACUCAACCUCCUUUCAUUUACCAGGGCAGGAAUUACUGUACAGUCACUUUUUUUUUUUUUUUUCCCAUUUUCUUUUUACCCGUUAGGUUCAGUGAUGGAUCUAAAAGUUUUCCAGGAGAGCUUCUUUUGUGGGUUUUAAUGUUAAAGAAAUAACACUCUGGCUGUUUUGUUUUUUUUAGCAAUAUCUCGCCGUCGUGUGUGUGUGUGUGUGUGUGUGAGUGUGAAGGAGAGGAGAGGACAGGGGCUGAAGUACUGUUUCUAUUUAUGUGUUUGUGUGUAAAAGGUGGCUGGACGUCGAGCAUGUUUCCAAGACGGCGCCUUCUAAAAACAGGCUGCAGUUUGUUAGACAGUUUAUUCAAAAACAAGGAAAUCUGCCGUUUGAAGUGAAGCAUGAACAGCCAGAUUGUUUUCUAAUCUCCCCCACUGGAACAUGAUGCAAAAAGAAACCGCAGGUGAAACCAGAUGUUUACAUUCGCCGUAGGAAAGCGCAACCGUUUUUCUGUCCGUCAUGCUGAACUCAUUUUCCAUUUGCAAAACGCUAGAGCAUUCAAAGUUUCUUUAAAUUUAAGAAGCCCGGAUGAUGAAGACGACGCUGCGGCUUUGAAAGGUGUCGACACGUGCGGCUGUGUUUUAAGACGAUGCUUUGAACGCGCUGCUUCCUGGUGUGGCAUCGUUGAAAAUCCAAACGAAAUCAGUCAAGAUCUCAGGAAGAGAAACUGUGGACCUCCGCAUCUCCAUCUGUUGAAACAAUUACAGGCAAGAAAGCACAAUGGGAGUAUGUCCAGUUACACUGUUCAGGUUCUGCUUCCCAGAGAUGACUGUUUUGGCCCCAGCUGUGCAAAUUGACCUCAGAACAAAGGUAAAGUACCUUGUGAAGAUGCGUCUUUUUCCACUGGGAAACGAGUCUGUUACCCAUACGGGCUGAAAGGCUCCUCUGAGAGGAAGAAGCCAUCGUUUCAAGAUGAGCUAGUUUACAGUUUGUAAUUUUUCUCAGGUACUAAGUGUCUUCUGCGGGAGGGACUGGUGCACUUCACACACACAAAAAAAAGAAGUCUUCCAAACCGGCAGUGACCCUACCAUGCCUCCAAAUUAGCCACAAAGUGGCAGCGGGCAAUGUUUUGGAGUGGUUAUCAUCAACCCCUGAUUAAAGCGCAUUAGCGGUCAGAGAUGAAAAGGUGUCAAACUUCAGCUUCAUCAGUUCCAAGCGAAGGAAAGAGCCAAACUUCCAUUAGACUGUUGUGGGAAGCCGGAGGAGCGAUGCGCUGAACGUGUAACUCAAGUCGAGCCCUCAUAUUAUUCUGGCUUUUAGCAAUCGCCGCUUUAGUAAUCUUGAUUUUAACCAGGAUAAAAACAGUUAUAUGUCUUCCUACUGUCCACGUAAAUAUCUGGUUUAACCCGUGGUUGCACUCCGUGUAGCUUCCCGACGCCUGCCAGGAAUCGCAUUUAUGAGAUGUGGUCCAGCCCUGAAUUUAGUUUGGGAGGGAAAAAAAAACGACAAUAAAAAGUGGCAGGGAUUAUGUUUGGUGAGAUCGUUUUACCGUUUUAUUUAUUUGUUUAUAGUUGUUUUUGUUUUGUUUUUUUUUGUUUUUCUUUUUUAAAAUUCAUGUUGAUGAACACUGUGAGAUGAGACGCGACAAACCAGAGUGUAGACGCCGAGGUUGGAGGGGUUAUUUCAUUCAGUUGGUGCUCAGUGUGAGUAUGAAUGUAGCCGUUAACCCGGGCGGUGCGCUCCGAGAGGCGUAAUGAAAUGGCAAUGAAAAGUACAUUUUGAAUGAUGUUUUUGUGUAAAGAGGUCACAAUGGCUUUUCUUCUUUUGACAUUAGACACUACUGAUUAUGGGUACAUGUGAUUUAUUUGUAUAUAAACGUGCGUUUUUCUUUUCUCCUCUACAUGCCACAGCUCCAGUGUGACAUAAUGAUGCAGAUUUUUUUUCUUUUUUUUUUCUUCUUUUGAUUGGACGGUACUUUGACAGAUCUCUUGUUUUUAACCUGUCUGCAUGGUCUCCAACUGUGCUAACAAAUAUUAAUUGCUGGAGGUUAUGGUUAUUUUAUUUUUCCUCCACUUGUUCCUUUCAUGGCAGUGUGGUGGUACUACUGAUCCUUUUUCUCCUUGCGUAUACCCGUUUCUACGCGGGGUGACGUCUCCAUCUCCUGCUCAUUUUGACACUGGAAUACAGAAGGACUUGGUGUUGAUCUUAAAUACUGCCACUGGCUCUCUUUUUUUUCUUUUUUCUUUUUUAAACCAGGAAAUCAGACGAACUGUCGACGGAUCACGUCGAACAUGCAGGUAGACGCGGGGGACCUUCGAGGACUGACAUGCCGCGAGCGGGGAACUGCAUGUUUUCAUUCUACUUCUGCAGACAAGACUAUGAAAGUAUUACACUGAUAUUCGUCACCUAUGGGCUCUGCACUGUUAUGUCCACAAGGGCGUUAGUUAAUGUUUGUCGAAGCCAUCACCUGAACCAUGUGUCAUGUCCGUUUUGCAUGCCGUCUCAAACACUGGGCCCUCUGCACUGAGGUCCCUCACCCCCGUUUUCCUCCAACAGGUUGACUUUUUCUUCUUCUUUUUUUUUUCUCUUUUGGGUCAUUGGCUGCGCACCCCAGAAAUGUUGCUGCUACUGUUUAACAUGGGUAGAAGUGUAGCGGAAAAAAGAGAGAGCGAGAGAGGGAUGGAAAGUGGGAGAAUGAUGAUGAUGAUGUCAAGUUGAACCAAAAUUGUCAAAACACUCUUGUCCAUGUUUGGUGUGUGUUGCCAUGGGUAUUUGAUCAUCAUGUUCAUAGGUGAAAACUUCAAAAUUCAGUGAUGAUAUUGUGCUGAUCUUUUCUGAUUUAGUUCAAAAUGUACAUAGACAAUAUACAAUAAAUUCCUCCUUUUUCUUA